AUGGCUGUUGCUGAAAUCUUUAUCGGCGCAUUCAGCACAGUGCUGUUUGAGAAGCUGGCCUCUGCUGACUUGAUCAGGCUGGCUCGAUCUGCAGGAAUCUAUUCGGAGCUCUACAAAUGGAACAAUACCUUGUCCCAGAUCCAAGCCGUUCUUGUUGAUGCAGGCCAGAAGCACUUAAGAGAGAGAUCUAUUCAACUAUGGCUGCACAAACUCCAGCAUUUAGCUUACGACAUAGACGAUGUACUCGAUGAUUUGGCCACCGAAGCUAUGCGCCGCCACUUGAAUGAAGGAAUUUAUGCCACCACCAACACCAGCACUCGUAAGGUAUUGAAAAUCGUUCCAACAUUUUGUUCUAAUUUCCGUACCAUUAAGUAUGGCCGGAAAAUGAGUUCUAAGCUCGAUGAGAUUACAACCAAAUUGCAUCGUCUUGUUGAGGAGAAAAACAUUCUAGGGUUGAUUAAUAACGUUGAAAGGGGAAAUAGAGAAAGUAGAAGAUUGGAGGAAACUUCACUGGUUGAUGAAUCCAGAAUUGUGGGUAGGGAAGGUGAUAAAAGGAUAUUGCUCGAUAAGUUGUUGGGGGAUGAAUCAUGUAAUGAAAAUUUCAGCAUCUUGUCCAUAGUUGGUCUGGGAGGGAUAGGGAAAACCACUCUUGCUCAAGUUUUAUACAAUGAAAAGAAAGUGAAGGAUCACUUUGAACUCAUGGCAUGGGUUUGUGUUUCUGAUGAGUUUGAAGUGUUCAAUAUCAGUAAGGCUAUUUUUCAAGCAGUAUGUGGGGGGAACCAAGAUUUUGCCAAUUUAGAUCUUCUUCAGGUGGCUCUUACAGAAAAACUCUCAAAGAGAAGGUUUCUACUUGUUCUAGAUGAUGUAUGGAAUGAAAACUACAAGGAGUGGGAACUUCUCCAACGCCCUUUCGUGGUAGGGGCACCUGGAAGUAAAGUUAUUGUCACAACAAGGAAGAUCACUGUUGCAUCAGUGAUGGACUUUGUUCAUGCUUACCCUCUCGAGCUUUUGUCAAAUGAAGAAGCUCUUUCUUUAUUUGCUCAACAUGCAUUAGGUAAACAAAACUUUGAUUCACAUCCAACCCUUAAGUCACAUGGUGAAGGUAUCAUGAAGAAAUAUGGCGGAUUGCCUUUGGCGUUGAUAACCCUCUGGAGGGUUUUGCGAACCAAAACAAAUGAUGAAGAAUGGGAGGAGUUGUUAGAAUAG